AUGAACACUCCAUUCCCACUUCCCAUUGUGUCCAAUUACCAGAAUGAAGGAAAAAAGGUCAAUGAUGCCUUAGUUGUUAUCGAACAGAAAGUCACGGAUGCCAAGAAGAUUGUCGAAGAACUGUUGUUCAUGCUUGACUUACAGGAGAAAGUUCCAUGGCCUGAUAUGCUGGAAAAGUUUUCUGCCAUAGCCGCCGCUUAUACUCAACUACAAGCAUUGAUUAAAAAGAGUGGAAUUUUGGCAGGACAUGAGGAUCAUGGAGCUCUUUUACGAUCGCAUGUAAUGGUACCGCAAAGGCUCCAACUAGAAACUGAUGAUGAUCUUGUGAACUUGACAAAUCAUAGGAUGUAUUCUUUCAAUCACGAUAAUGUGCCCGACUAUUUGAAGACACGUUAUACACCCGAUAUGGAGAAUGAGGAGUUCGCGAUUGAGCAAGAGAGGACGACAAAAACCAACGAACUUGCCAAUCGUCAAAUUCAGAACUUGAACAAACAUGUGGACAUGUUGUUAGUGUCUCUGCCUGCUGCGGAUAAAGCAAACUACGAAAAUUUAAUGGAAAAGCCUUCUCACAAUAUGGAAGAUACAGUCAAACUUGUAAGAGCUAUAAUGUGUGGAGAGGGACUUCGUCAAACUCCUGUAGUUCGGGCUGCAGCUCAAGCACCACCAUCCAGACAAGGAGGACAAGCUUCAGGGAUGAGUAAUAAUAUUGCUCGGAACCGUGGUGGAUCUUCUAGGUGUGAUUUUUUUGGAGUUGAGCCACGAGUACCCAGUCCCGCACCUUCCGAACGACGAUCUAGUCAGCUAACGGGAAUCAAUUUGUCAUUACAAGCUUUAAUUGACGAGUUCCGAAAUCGACCGAGGCCAACUGUUGGCAUCGAAGACAACCCUUCUGUGUUGUGUUCAACGACAAAUGGUCCUAAACCUUACAUAGACUUAGCUCCGAUUGGUUGCAAUGACGGCGAAGUCGAGCAUAUCACGGUCCUAUUUCCAUGGAUGCAAGUAUCUGUUAUUUGUAACACAGAAAUGACCCUGUAUAGAUUGAAGAAUGAGCUAUUCUCUAGACUUCGAAAUAUGGAGGUUUCCAGUUUCUCCAUGGAGCCUUCAAACUAUUUAUUCCGUGCUGUACGUCAAUCUACUGGACAAUUAGAUAUAUUGUAUAAUGAGGAUUCUGAACUGUAUAAACUUGAUCUCACAACACCUUUCCCGUUUCUCUUUCUGUUUGAACCUGAAGGAGCAAAGAGAGAAAGAAAAUUGGCAAAGGGCGUAGAAAGAGCGUUGGGUCGUUCUCUGACUAUGCUAGAAGGAGAUUUAACAGACGAGCUCAAAGCUUUUAGAGCUAGUUUAUGGAAAGACAUUUCUGAAUCUGUGAAAAAUCGAGGGAAUGGCGGUGUAGACCAUUAUGCAUUCCCUGAAGAAGAUUAUCUUGGAACGAAAGAAGCUCAAGCAUCUUUAACGUUACGAAUGAACUCAAAACCGAAAUACAUAGUUUUCUAUCGAUCACGGGAGGAUGAAGAGUUGGGAAUAGACGAGAAUAGUGUAUCAGUGGAAGUACCAUACGCUGAUGAUCUCUACUCUAAAGACCUGAUAGACAGAGUUCUAGAACAGUUUCAAGAAAUCGGACAGAAAUGUGAUGACGAAGAAUAUAUAUUACAAAUUGCUGGAAGAAAGACUUAUAUAACGGAAGACCGUCGCUUACUCGCUUCUCGCUGGUUGAGGAGUAAUCUGAGUAAUUAUGUUAAUCCCGUGCUAGUUUUGAGGAGGAAAAGUAUUGUUCUCAGGAACUACUUGGAGCCCUUACCCCUUCAAAAGCCUCACUAUGUACACGCCGAAGAAGUGAAGGCUGAAGUAGAAACGAAAGAGCCAUUACCAUCGUUAUGGACUGUUGAUGAAAACCUCUUGAUAAGACCAACCACAUAUAGUAAUAUGGGAGGUCAUCAUGACAUGAACUCUUCGAUUGUUGUACUUUUCACGUUCUAUAUGGGCUCUGUAGUUAUGGCUGAGGUUGUUUCAAAAUCUAUUUCUCCUCGCAAUCCCCGAUGGCUUGACCCAGCAAUCCAUACAGGAAUAUAUAUGAAAGAUGUGCCUGAAGCUAUGAUUCUCACCAUCGAAGUGUUUGAACUGAGAAGAUCCAAGAAAACCAAUGAUACCAGCAAGAAAAAUGACUCUGACCCUAAAAAAACUAAUUCGGAAAUAAACUUGUUGGCUCUACUGAAAGACGAAGAUGGCAAAGGAAGAAAGUACAAGGAUAAUGAAGAUAGAAUUUCUGCAUCUCGGAUAGGAUGGGUCAACAUGCCCAUGUACGAUUGGAAUGGUGAUAUGCAGUUAGGAACUUUCACAGUUGCACUGUGGACUACAGAUUUCGAACCUCCUCCAAAUGGAAGAAUCGGAACUAUGGACACAAAGCUUCAUGGACGAUCCGCUGUGCAUUGUCGACUGACGUUCGAAACAACAACGACAAUAACUUCUCGCGAGGCAGGACGCAGAAGCUGUCGAAUCGUGGAUGAUUGUAGAUGGAAGGAAUUAUACAAUGUUCAUUUUAAGAACGAUGUGUACCAGUAUGUUCCGGAGAGGGACGAUGAAUCUUUGGAGAAGAUCAAAGGUUUCCUAGAAAAGCGCUAUGUAGGAACUUCUUUGAUGGAGGAAGAACAGCAGUUUGUGUGGGAUAAAAGAGAUCUCGUGUCCAAUCAUAUGCCCGAUGCCAUCCUUCUGAUAAUGGAGAGUCGCUACAUGUGGGAAACAAGAGAAUCGUUUGGAUACAUAUAUACCAAGUUACUGUACGGUCAAUGGGGUUCUUUAAGUUUGCCAGCUGCUAUCACCAUUCUCUCAACAAAAUGUAGCGAUAGGAUCAUCAGAAAGUUUGCUGCUCAACAGUUGGAUGAAUCCUUAAGCGAUCAUGAUCUCUCUCUCUUCAUUUUACCAAUAAUCCAAUCUCUCAAAUGCGAAACCCGUGCCGACUCAGACGUGGCUCGUCUUCUUGUGAAAAGAGCGCUAUCUGAUUAUCGGCUUGGACAUAAGUGCUUCUGGUUACUACGAGCUGAGCUCAUUGGGCUACACGGAGGAGUUUCCGGACAUCUGAACCAAGUCAUGUACAAACGCUUUGCCAUUUUAAUCGAAGCUUUCAUUAGAGGCAACGAAGAACACAUGGAAACUAUUCUCAAGCAGAUUGAAAUGGUUGAGUUCCUUUCCAAAGUGAGUAGUGUUGUGAAAAAUUACAAAGAUCGUGAUGCUGCCACAAAGCGAUUACAACAAGAGUUGGAGGAUAAUAGAGCUCUAGUGGAACACAUCGAUUCGCCUCUUGACCCCACCGACGUUUUGGGAGAAUUGAUAAUCGAAAAGUGCAAAGUCCUGGGAAGUGCUAAAAUUCCCAUAAGGCUAAGUUGGAGGAAUGCCAACCCUCUUUCUGAACACUACUUACCUUUAAGGGAGAUAAUCUUCAAAAAUGGAGAUGAUCUGCGACAAGAUAUGCUCGUUCUUCAAGUUUUAGUAAUAAUGGAUGCUAUCUGGAAAAGAAACAACUUGGAUUUCUGUUUGAGUCCUUAUCCUGUUCUACCAACUGGCAUUAAGGUCGGGAUGAUCGGUGUUGUACCCAACUGUUCGACCAUCUUCGAAAUUCAAUCCGAAGGUGGAAAGAUGGGGACAGCUGUAAAAUCACUUGAAACAACUUUUCUCAACAAAUACGUUCGGAAUAACUCUCAUGACUCAACUUCAUAUUUGGAGAGUGUUGAUCGGUUCAUGUUAUCUUGUGUUGGAUAUUCUGUGGCUACGUUUGUAAUGGGAAUCAGAGAUCGUCAUAAUGAUAACCUGAUGGUUACUAAAGAUGGAAAGCUUCUUCAUAUCGAUUUUGGACAUAUUUUGGGACAUGGCAAAACCAAACUAGGAAUCCAAAGAGAUCGUGUUCCUUUUGUACUGACAGAGCAUUUCCUUUGCCUCAUUUCGAAAGGAAAUCCUGUUCCAAAAUCAGCUCACGAAAUAGAAAAAUUCCAAACUUUCUGUACAGAAGCGUUUUUGUAUUUAUACGAGGAAAGAUUGCUUUUCUCAUCUCUUUUCACGGCCAUGAAAUCUAUGGAGUUGCCUGAGCUUUCCACAGAGUCCGACGUAGAUCAUAUUAAGAAAUCUUUACGAGUAGAUAAUCCGGACAGGGAUGAAGCUCGCAAGUAUUUUGGCGAAAUAUUUGAUGAAGCUUUCAACGGGUCCUGGGCUACUAAGACUAACUGGUUCUUCCAUACGGUUAAACAUCUAUAA